AGUUGGUAUUCACAAUCUAUUGUUGGAAAUUCCAGUAACAUCAUCUCUGGAACGUGUAGACGCUGUAUAAAACAAUGAGAUUAAGAAUUUAUACAAGCAAAAGUCCGGCAAUACUAUUAAACUCCUCAAAGGGAAAUUUGAGUUUAAGUGAACAUAACCUCAGUGAUUUGGCGCAUUCUGACGACAAACAGUUAAGAUUUUCAAGUCUGCAGAAUUUUAAUAUAUAUUUUUUUUAAGAAAACCCAGUGUAAAGCUAAGAAUGGACCGUUUUCGUAAUUUAUAUAAAGAAAAUUCCCAUACAUUGAGUCCGGUCCAGCAUAAUCUUAAAAAUCGCAAUAUUCAAAAUGCAUAUCGCGCCAAAAAACGAAGGGAAGUCUUUGAAAGCGGUCGUAAUCUCGAUGUCAGCCCAACUCCUACAAAACCACACAAUUUUGAGGAGCAAAAUUUAGCGGAAGUGCUUGUAGAUAAAGAAAAUAAAGGCGAUGCUUUAGAAAAUGUGGCCGAAUGCAAUAAAUCCAGAAUUGCAUUAGUGGCAUCGGGCAAGACGAGCUCUAAAAAGUCAACACGACAAGAAUCAUAUCUAUUGAAAUUCAUCGAAUGGAGGGAGGCUCAUAAACAAAAAGAGAAGAAAAGAAAUGAAAUUAAAAGGCGACCAUUUAUCUCCAGCGGUGGGGCAUGUGGUAGUGCAUUCGAGAGUAGUGCAAGAUUUUCAACAGUAACUAACAAAGGCAAAAGCAAAGAAGUUGCGACAUUUGUGCCGAAAGGCCAUCAACGCUUUAAGCCGCCAGCUGGAAUAACUAAUCCCCUAUCUGAAAUGACUUCCGCGGCGAAAGACCUACUAGCUCAUGAUAGAAAAUCGUUUUACACCGUGGUACCAACACCGCCAAGGUCAAAAGAGGAUAAUGCAAUAGGGGUCGAGACAAAAAAACUAUCGACCCUUAGUAAAACCCCGGCCAUCUCUAAUUUAGCACGUUGCAAGUCGGCAAUAACGCCAGCAACCACUUCGUUGAAAUCGACCAAAAACCCUACAGGCACAAAGCCAGCUGGUACAAAAGCUAUUAAGGCAACAUCGAUUUUAAGUACAGAAAGUAAACCGACGGCGGUAGUUCCGCCUACUAAAAAACACUUAACUGCAACCACUGGAGCAUCACAAAAAAUACCAUCAAAUUUAGAUACAAAGUCAAGCUCAAAUGAACCUGUCAAACCUGAAAAAAAGACUCUUUGUUCGACCAACAAAACAGCAACAUCUGUAGCUAAUGUGGCGUCAAACAUAUCAAAUUUUAAUACUAAGUCAAAAUCAAAUGAACCUCCAAAAAAGACACCUUGCAACUUAAAUAAAAAUCGCGAAAGCCCAAAAAAAAAAGUUCCGUUGUUCGUGCGACCUCAGCCGCCGAAAAUGACAACAACAGCAACGCGAAAACCGAUAUCACAAUCCAGAGGCAUUGCAACAAUAAAUACCGUAAACAAGCCGAAGCAAGCAGCAACGGGUGCAAGUGCAGGAGCCGUAGGAAAGGCACAUAUGCUGCAAAGUAAGCGUGCUGCAGCUAAUGCGAGCGAGCGUAAUAAAAAAUUUGCAACUACUUUUAAAUAUAAAAAGACUCAGGUUCCUACGUUAAACCGACCCAAUGCGCCCAGCAAUAUUACCAUAAAAGGAAAGACAUUACUUGGCGGUGUCCGCACUUGUACUGCUGACGUGGCAUUUGCGAUUGCUGAAACACCAACGGAUUUAUUAAAUAUUAACACAUUUGAGCCAUUUUUAACGUCCACGCGGGUCAAAUCCCUUUCACCUCACAGUGCCAAUGCACCUAAUAUAAGUGCCGUUAAUUCCGAAGCGGUCAAUGAUAAAAAAGUUGCGGGGUCUCACUCAAAGGCAAAAGAGUAAGUUUAACUUUGUACGUUACUCGAUUGGGUUGUCUGAAUUGGAUGUGAGCCGAGAGCCUGAGCAAAAUGGCUUUGAUAUGAAUAAUUCUAAAAGUGCAUCGGAGGUUGGAAAAUCUGUUAACGGAACUGAACAAAUAACUGUAUUAGAAGUCCAACCGAAAAACACGAAUGCUACACAGUGUAAUGCUGAAGGCAAUAAUAUGUCACCCGAAAAUAAAAUUAAAAACAACUUAGAUCAAUUAAAAACUCCUCCUUCGACUGAAAAUGAACGUCCGGUCAAUUACAUUGGUUCGUUUGUGUCAGUUUCACGAGGCAAAGUGAGCGCACGUAAAGAGCGGGAAAAACGGGAUAGCAUUUACCUUCCCGGCGCAAAUGAUAGUCUAACAAUCACAGCAGCAGGAACACCCGUUAAAAAGGCAAAAACCCCAUGCACAAGUGCAGUUACUACGCCUGUCAAUAUUGAGGCUCGCCGAAUUCUUGAGGCAGUGCGUUAUUUCCGACAGCAACUUAGCAACGAAAUCGAUCGCUUGCAUGUAUUAUGCGACCAGUGGGAAGAGUACAAACAACAAAAUUUGCCCCUACUUCAAAAAUCCGCCGGGGAAGAUAUGAUCAACGUGACCAUAGGUCAAACAAAACUGCUAACGAGUAAAAAGUUUCAACAGUUUAAGGGUCUAAUAGAUCGUUGCGAAAAUGGAGCUAGAGGUACGGCAGCCGUCUACGACGGUAGUGAGGAUACGAAGCCAAUUACAGACGUUGAUUUAGAAGGCUUUUGGUCCAUGCUUAAUCUACAGGUGGAUAAUGUUGAGAAAAGAUUUGAAAAUUUAACGCGCUGGAAAGCCAAUAAUUGGUCGGAUCCCGAUGAGAUUCAGGAAACGAAACAACUCAAGCUAAAAUGCAAACCAAAUCUAACUAAAGUUAAAAAGGCAAAACCACCUGCAAAAACGGCAAAACCAAGCAGUGGUUUGCAAGCAAUGUUGCGAAAAAUGCACGCUGAAAUGCGAAAAAAUAAGGAAACUGCUUUUGGUGCUGGCGUUGCAGAUGAAAAUGUGCUGGUGUCGACAGCAACUCGCCAACGACAACGGCGUUCACACAGUGGCACUCCAAAAAUUGCGGGCACUGAGCAGCGCAACAGUACGCCACGUCGUAUCUCGGUUGUGGUACGUGAUCGCAAAUCUCUCUCGGCUGCUGCAACGGUUAUCAGUUUGCUGGCUGAUAGCUCAGUAGGAUCUGUGGUAGCGGGAAAUAGACGUCACUCACGUUUCAGUGGCGAGUCACCAAAAUCCCUUAAGGCAUCUAGCAGUGAAUUGCGUCGAAGUCUCAGCAACAUGGAGAAUGCAUUUGGCGCCUGUAGUGAUUUGCUACGUAGCACACUUGCUGCAAACGCACAAAAAUUACGACGUCGUAGUGGCACACCGAAUUUCGUCGAAUCUGCCAUCGAAUUGGAUGUUAAGCAACCACAAGUUUCGGAAAAAGUGCGCACUCCUUCACCAAUACUAGCAUCUGCACCAGCUGCGAACAUGGCACGUAAGUCCAUAUUGAAGACUCCUGGUACUGCGAAGGGCAAACCGAAGAAUGUGAUUUUUAACGAAAAGCUGCGUGUUAAGAAAUUCAAAUUUACCAUAGAGGAUGAUGAAUUGAGCGAUGAUGAGGAGCAGCAAAUGCAAACGAGUACGGAAGAGCCCCUCUCAACUCCGCGCGCUUAUUCCUUACGCACGCGCAAAGUAGUUCUUCGACCAUCAAGCGAAUUCGUAAUACCAUUUAAGCAGAUUUAAUAAGUAGCUAUUUUAUUAAUUGCGAUUUUUUGUAAUGCAUUAUUUGUCAAUUGUUUACAUAAUUGUAAUUUCCUAAAUCUUGUUUUGUGUCUUAUCAAUAAAAGUUUAAAAUUAA